UGUCUCCUCCGUCCGCGCGGCGUGAGCGCCGGGCUCGGGGGGCCCCCCCGGCCGCCCGCCCCCUCCCCUCCCUCCCUCCCCUCCCCUCCCCCUCCCCGGGCCCCGCGCCCCCCCCGCCCCCACCCCCCCAUGGACAUGCUGGACCCGGGUCUGGAUCCCGCUGCCUCGGCCACCGCUGCUGCCGCCGCCAGCCACGACAAGGGACCCGAGGCAGAGGAGGGCGUCGAGCUGCAGGAAGGCAGCGACGGCCCUGGGGCGGAGGAGCAGACGGCGGUGGCCAUCGCCAGCGUCCAGCAGGCGGCGUUCGGCGACCACAACAUCCAGUACCAGUUCCGCACAGAGAAUAAUGGAGGACAGGUGACAUACCGAGUAGUCCAGGUGACUGAUGGUCAGCUGGACGGCCAGGGCGACGCGGCUGGUGCCGUCAGUGUCGUGUCCACAGCUGCCUUCGCGGGAGGGCAGCAGGCUGUGACCCAGGUGGGUGUGGAUGGUGCAGCCCAGCGCCCAGGCCCCACUGCUGCCUCUGUGCCUCCAGGUCCCACAGCGCCCUUUCCCCUGGCUGUCAUCCAGAACCCGUUCAGCAAUGGCGGCAGCCCUGCGGCCGAAGCCGUCAGCGGAGAGGCUCGGUUCGCCUACUUCCCAGCCUCCAGUGUGGGAGACACCACGGCAGUGUCUGUGCAGACCACAGACCAGAGCUUGCAGGCCGGUGGCCAGUUCUAUGUCAUGAUGACUCCCCAGGAUGUGCUCCAGACGGGAACACAGAGGACGAUUGCGCCACGGACGCACCCCUACUCCCCGAAAAUCGAUGGAACCAGAACUCCCCGGGAUGAGAGGAGGAGAGCCCAGCACAAUGAAGUGGAGCGGAGGCGGAGGGACAAGAUCAACAACUGGAUCGUGCAACUUUCGAAAAUCAUUCCAGAUUGUAACGCAGACAACAGCAAGACAGGAGCGAGCAAAGGCGGGAUCCUGUCGAAGGCCUGCGAUUACAUCCGGGAGCUACGCCAGACCAACCAGCGCAUGCAAGAGACCUUCAAGGAGGCCGAGCGGCUGCAGAUGGACAACGAGCUCCUGAGGCAACAGAUCGAGGAGCUGAAGAACGAGAACGCCCUGCUUCGAGCCCAGCUGCAGCAGCACAACCUGGAGAUGGUGGGCGAGGGCACCCGGCAGUGACCCCCGCCUCACCGGCCUCGGUUGCCCCUGCCCCAGCCCUUAGCACAGAGAGGGACACAUGCCCCUCCCCCAGCUGCGUUUUUUAUAGUAGAUUUUUAACAAAAACGGGGAAAAAUAAUGCAUUUCUGUGGAUCCAUUGCCCACCACCCUCCCCAACUUGGAAAUGAUCUGCUCCCCACCCAUCCGUCUGUCCAUCUCUGUCUGUUGCCUUCUCCCAGCCCUCGCAAAGCCCGGGCACUUCUGGUGGUCUCACCUGGAGGCGAGAGGGAGGAGGCCAGAGCCCUGCCCUAGCUGCUGCCUCCUGGGUCUCCAGAGGGACCGAGACAGGGUGCUUCUGGAAAGGAGGGGAGUCUGGGGGGGCAUCCCUGGGGCUGGGCCAAAGAGGGAGGCCACAGCCCACCCCACCUCUUGUGUCUGGAUCCCUGCUCCCCUUUGGGGUCGUAGGGGGUGUGUGUGUGUGUAUGUGUGUGUGUGCGUGCGUGCGUGCGCGCGUUUUAAUUUUCUUUAUGGAAAAAAAAAUGGACAAAAAAAUAGAGAGAGAGGUAUUUAACUGCAAUAAACUGGCCGCAUGUGGCCCCCGCCUUGUC